AUGAGUGCUCCCAUCGUCCUCGAAAAGACCGACCGGAGAGACUUGUUGGUCGAGAUCGAGAAGAAGUACCAGAAAAUCUGGAAGGAUGAGAAGUUGUUUGAAGUUGAUGCCGUCACCGUAGAGGAAGACCCCAGAGAUGAUAUCGACGAAGUCCGCAAAGACCACCCCAAGCACUUUGCCACCAUGGCCUACCCUUACAUGAACGGUGUGUUGCACGCUGGUCACUCGUUCACUCUUUCCAAGGUUGAGUUCGCCACUGGUUUCGAAAGAAUGAACGGUAAGCGGGCGUUGUUCCCCUUGGGUUUCCACUGCACCGGUAUGCCCAUCAAGGCCGCCGCCGACAAGAUCAAGCGGGAAAUUGAAAUGUUCGGCCCCGACUUCUCUGGUGCCCCCGCUGAAGAUGAAGAAGAGGAAAAGGAAGUUAAAGCCGCACCCGAUGCCAAGGUCGACCCCACUAAGUUCAAGGCUAAGAAGUCUAAGGCUGCGGCUAAGCAAGGCCGUGGUAAGUUCCAAUUCGAAAUCAUGUUGCAAUUGGGUUUGCUGCGUGAAGAAGUCGCCAAGUUCGCCGAUCCCGACUACUGGCUCAAGUACUUCCCUCCCCUUGUUGAAGAGCACGUUACCAACUUCGGUGGUAGAGUUGACUGGAGACGUUCGUUCGUCACCACCGAUGCCAACUUGUACUACGACGCUUUUGUGAGAUGGCAAAUCAACCGUUUGCGUGACUGUGGUAAGAUCAAGUUCGGUGAAAGAUACACCAUCUACUCGGAAAAGGAUGGCCAGGCUUGUUUGGACCACGACCGUCAAUCCGGUGAAGGUGUCAACCCUCAAGAAUACGUUGGUAUCAAGAUCAAGGUGACUGAAUUCGCCUCUGAAGCUGCCGCCGUGCUUAAGGACGCCGGCUUUUCCACUGACGACAAGAAGGUGUACCUUGUUGCCGCCACUCUUCGUCCUGAAACCAUGUACGGUCAAUCGUGCUGCUUCGUUUCGCCUAAGAUCGACUACGGUGUGUUUGACGCCGGUAACGGUGAAUACUACAUCACCACUGAACGUGCCUUCAAGAACAUGUCCUUCCAAGGUAUCACUCCCCAAAGAGGUGUUUACAAGCCUGAGUUGACCAUUAACGGUAAGACUCUUAUCGGUUCGAAGAUCGACGCCCCCAUGUCGCAAUACUCUGACUUGAGAGUGUUGCCUAUGGAAACUGUGUUGGCCAACAAGGGUACGGGUGUCGUCACUUGUGUGCCUCUGGACUCUCCUGACGACUUCAUUACCUCGCAAGAACUUGCCAACAAGCCUGAAUACUACGGCAUCGAAAAGGACUGGGUUAAGACUGAGAUCAAGCCUCUCAUCCACACUGACAAGUACGGUGACAAGUGUGCCGAAUUCUUGAUCAAGGAACUUAAGAUUCAAUCGCCUAAGGACCUGGUGCAAUUGGCUCAGGCUAAGGAGAUGGCGUACAAGGAAGGUUUUUACAACGGUACCAUGAUUUACGGCGACUACAAGGGCCUCAAGGUGGAAGAAGCCAAGCCUAAGGUUAAGGCUGACCUCAUUGCCUCGGGUGACGCCUUCGUUUACAACGAACCCGAAGGUUUAGUCAUCUCGAGAUCGGGUGACGAAUGUGUGGUUUCGCUUGAAGACCAAUGGUACAUCGACUACGGUGAAGACUCGUGGAAGUCGCAAGCUCUUGAAUGCUUGGCUUCGAUGCAAACCUUCAGCAAGGAAACCAGACACGGUUUCGAAGGUGUGUUGGACUGGUUGAAGAACUGGGCUGUCACUCGUCAAUUCGGGUUGGGUACCAAGUUGCCCUGGGACGAGUCGUUGUUGGUGGAAUCGUUGUCCGACUCGACCAUCUACAUGGCCUACUACACCAUCGCUAACUUCUUGCACUCGGACUACUACGGGAAGACUCCGGGUAAGUUCAAUAUCAAGGCUGAGCAAAUGACCGACGAAGUGUUUGACUACAUUUUCUCGAGAAGAGCUUACUCUGACAUCAAGACCGAUAUCCCUGAAGAACAAUUGGUGGCCAUGCGUCGUGAAUUUGAAUACUUCUACCCUCUUGACAUGAGAGUUUCGGGUAAGGACUUGAUCCCUAACCACUUGACUUUCUUCAUUUACACCCACGUGGCUCUCUUCCCCAAGAAGUUCUGGCCCCAAGGUAUCCGUGCCAACGGUCACUUGAUGUUGAACAACGCCAAGAUGUCCAAGUCCACUGGUAACUUCAUGACUUUGCAGGAAAUUGUUGACAAGUUCGGUGCUGACGCCCUGAGAAUUGCUCUUGCUGAUGCUGGUGACACCGUUGAAGAUGCUAACUUCGACGAAUCGAACGCCAACGCUGCUAUUUUGAGAUUGACCACCUUGAAGGAAUGGUGUGAAGAAGUGAUGGCUAAGGUCGAUGAACUCCGUACUGGCCCUAUUGAAAACUUCUUCGAUGUCACUUUCGAAAACGAAAUGAACGCUUUGAUUGAGGAAACUUACACUCAAUACUCCGAAACCAACUACAAGGCGGCUCUCAAGUAUGGGUUGUUUGACUUCUCCACUGCUAGAGACCAAUACCGUGACGCGGUGUCGCUGCUGAUCGGUAUGCACAAGGACUUGGUGGUCAAGUUCAUCCUGUCGUUGGCACUCAUGUUGGCUCCUGUCGCUCCCCACAUUGCCGAAUACUUCCACCGUGACUUGUUGGGCAACAAGACUUCGGUGCACAACACCAACUUCCCUCGUGCCUCGAAGCCUGUGAGCAAGGAAUUGACCGACGCUUUGAACUACGUGAGAGAUGUUCUGCGGAAGAUCAGAGAAGUCGAAGUGGUGGCGCUUAAGCCCAAGAAGGGUAAGCCUGCUGAUGUUGACGCCUCCAAGCCCGUCAAGAUCACCGUCUACGUAUCGCUGACCUUCCCCGAAUGGCAAGCGUCGUACGUCGACUUGGUCAAGGAAUUGUACGAGCAAGGCGCCAUCGACGACAACAAGAAGAUCAAGGAAAGAGUGGGCAAGGACAUGAAGCGUGCCAUGCCUUUCAUCUCGCUCCUUAAGAGUCGUUUGGCCACCGAAUCGCCCGAAGUUGUGCUUAACCGUAAGUUGACUUUUGACGAAUUGGACACUCUUAAACAAGCUAUCAGCGUCAUUGAGCGCGCUCCCUACAAGCUCACCGUUGACUCGGUUGAGAUCAUUUCGUUCGAAAACGGUGAAAAGAAGGGUACCAACGUUGUUACCGGCGAAGCCGUCGAGUUCACCGCUACCCCCAAGAUCAUCGAGGGCACCGUCCCUGGUGAACCUGGUGUGCAAAUCCAAAACAUCUAA